AUGGAGACAACCAAUCAUCCGCCCUGCUCUCCUUUCGCCUCGGUCUGCGCGGCUGAGGAUCUUACUGCUUGCAUCCCAGCUCACAUCAAGGUCCUACAGCGCUGUGCGCACGAGACAUGCAUCCUUUGCGACGACUUGCAAGGAACCUUUUGCUGCCCUUUGGCAGUGCCUCCUUCUCGUUCAAAUCAAAUGGCUGACCACGCAGCGGCACCAUCUACAACUUGGACUAUAGCACCGUUGUCACGCGAGAAUGCAGGCUUUUGCUGUGGUCCUAAUGGGGCCUACUUGAACCGAGUUCGCCCUCUUCCUCCCCUUCCACAUGAAUUCCAAACUUUCUUGAACGAUCCACAACUCUCGGAGCACAGCCGGAUUCUCAACCUCGUCUUCUCCUUUGCAUCUAUGGAAACUACCGCUCUGUUUCCUGACACCGGUGGUGAUUACGGUUUUGUUGCUAUUCAAGGCAAGGUCUACCAUCGUGUUCGACCCUCCCACGCAAACUCUGCAGUCCGAUGGAUUUUGUACGAUGGGUUUUUGGCUGCCGAAGCUCCUCACAAUGACGAUCAUGCUCGCCGAUUGCCUCCUCCAUGGAUACGAGCUAUGCAGCUUGCGCUGCUGCGGUGCAAUCCAUUUGCAUUGUAUCUUCGUGUUCUCAGCCAAAUUCCACCCGACCUGUGUCCGAACGCACGCAUCAUUAUCGAAGACACUGGCGUGGCUCCUGAAAUUGCUGCUUUUAUAUCGUACGAUAACACUGCUUGGGCUGAAGUGCGUUCUCGCCGUCUCGUCAUCACGCGCACUGACAACUCCAACCACGCCAUACCAACUGUGAGCCGUCUAUGGGAGCCACUCGCUUACCCUCUGUUCUUCCCUUCUGGUACACUAGGAUGGGGAACUGUAGGUGACAGAGAUCAGCUCCACCAUGGUGCACCUCUCCCAGCAGGUGGAGCUCCUCCCAUCCACGAAAGCACAACGCAAAUCUGGUACUAUCGUGCUCUGCUCCUCCGUGAAGAGCGCUUCUCAUUAUUCGGCCGGCUAACAAAUGAAUAUCUCGUCGAUAUGUUCACUCGUAACCUCGAGUGUCGUCUGAACUACAUUCGAGACAACCAGCACAGCGUCAUAGCUGAAGACGCAGAGCUCAUGGGUGUGGACGCUAUUGAGCCGACUCAAAAUAUUUACCUUCCCUCAUCCUUCCUUGGCUCUAACCGCUGGGCAUCCGAGCAGAUUGCAGAUUCACUCGCCAUUGCUGCUCAAUACGGCACCCCAACGUUUUUCAUCACAAUGACUUGCAACCCACACUGGCCUGAAAUCCAGUCCCAGCUUCGACCGGGUCAGACUUUCACUCAUAUUCCUCUCGUGGUCGUUCGUGUCUUCAAACAGAAGCUGAAGCGCUUCGAAUAG